GCCCCGGUACCUGCUGAGGCGGGUAGGGCCCAGCGGGGCGGGCUCCCCCUCCUCGGGCCGCGGCUGACGGCGUGAGGCCUCGCUCCCGGCCUCCGCCCGAAGCGAGCCGUGUCUCGGUGGUUUCCCUCUGGAGCAAGGUCCGCAGUCGGGGGUCCCGGUGUGACAGCCGCUUGUAGGGCCUCCCUGGAGGAGCGGGGCGAAGAGGAGUGGUGGGGGUAAUUUAUUCUAUUCCGUAAUUAUUGCUGCUAACGAAGCAGCCGGGGAGGGAAAGGGCUUCCCCUGUGAGAUGCCGGCUGCAGCUUCCCAGGCCUGCAGGAGGGAGCAGGGGCAGGCCCGGCCUGUUUGCUUUGCACUGCCUGGCCUGUGCCUGUCCCUCUGCCAGGGCCCUGCAGCUUGGCAUGAGCUGCCCCGGUCGCUGCCCUGGGGAGCAGGCGGCACUUCUCGUCGGGUUGGGCAAUAAACCUCGGUGGCGUUUCCAGACCAGCCUAGCCCGCUGUGGGGGCAAAGGAAGGCAGGUAGCAACCCCGACGCUUGGCAGAAUGACAGAUCCUGUCUGGUAACAGCACGGAGCUAACUGACUCUGGACAUGGGAGGACAUUUUCUGCUCAUUUUGAACCUGAUGUGAUGGUGUUUGAGUAACGCAAUCUUUUCCUCAGGAAAUAUUUGGCCACUGGUGAGAUUACAGAUCCUGCUCUUCUCCCCUGCACGGGAGGGGCUAUUGGCCUAUCAGAUCUGAGUGCGCAGGCUGUAAUCUUAAUCUGUUCAUGACAGCCCUGCUACAGGUGCAGGCUCAAUGCAUCUUGUGAGCAGAAUCUCAUGGUAAUGUGUUUCUUGGGCACAUCACACUUGAGUUCAAAAUGUUCUUGUAAAUGUUUAUCACAGAACUUUGCUGCAAGGUUAAAAUGUCUGUGUAGCAUUGCCCUGAGACUGAUGAUACCUCUUUUUCUCUCUCUUUUUCUUUUUUUUCUUUUUUCUAAAAAAAAAAAAAGUACCUAAAACAGUGGAAAUAAUUGAAAGCUUCCUACUAAUAACAGGCUGUUUUGAUGUGGUCCUUAUUGCCUGGUUUACUGACAUAAAGAGAAUUACAUUUGUCACUGGCAGUCUUACAAACUUUUAGUUCUGCUAUGCUAGCUGUGACUUUUUUUUAAAUUAUUUUUGUGUUUCGUUCUGUUUGACCAGUGAUAAUUGGCUAGCCAAGCUUUUUUCUGUCUAUAGUCAGUGUCCCAUUUUGGUUGUUUGUGUAAAGGUGGUGCUGGUGUGUUUUGGUUUGUAAUCUUGCAGGGAAGUGUGCAGGGAGGGUCAUAAAUCUGUAGCAGUGUUUGGUGGCUUGUUUUUUGUGUGUAUGUGUCUUUUGUUUUACUUACAGAGCAAUAUCUUAAAUUUUGUCAUUUCCCUGUUGAGCAAAAGUGAAAGUUAGAUGCUGGGUACAAGCUUCUGCAAUCAGUUACCCUUUUUAACUUUUUGUAACUGUAGGCUCCUCAUUCAGAGGAGACUAGGUGAAAAAUCAUAGUAAUAUUAAAAAAAUAAAUCGGAAGCGAUCUGAAGCAUCCUCUUUACUAAAAGAAUUUAAUGACUAAGCUAUAACAGAAACAUUUACUUAUGCAGUCACCUCCAUAAAAGGCAGUGUUAAUUAAAUCUGUUACUGCCCAACCUCAGGCUUCAACUAGAACCUCUCCUCUGCUAUCCCAGGCGUGGAUGGAGGGCAUGGUACCGUACUAUUAUUCCCACAGAUGUUCACGGAAGUCACUGAGAGAAAGGAGCAGGAGCAUACACAACAGUCCUGUCUCAGCACAAUGCAAGUCUAGGUUUGAAUUGUUGCCACCUUGAAAACUGGGCUGUAUUUGAAAUCUUAAUAGUCCCACCAAAAUGAUGUAAUUUCACUUUUAACUAGUCCGUGGCAACAGGUACAGGUUUACAGGGUAGCUUCUAGAAUGUUCUAGCACUCGAAUGCAGCGUUGCGUUCAGGGUAACGCUCAGAGGCGCUGGCCUGUUAAUUGCAGGGUUUUGAUAGGCCCGAUAUUGCUGCACCAAGCCCUAUGGGGGAAAAUACAGCCCAGUUCUUGUUCAUAAGUUUUAGUUCUGUGGGUUUUUCCCCCUUCCCCAGAACCCUUGAUCUUGAAGAUGGUGAGUAGCCAGCCUAAGUACGAUCUAAUACGGGAGGUUGGUCGUGGCAGUUAUGGUGUGGUGUACGAAGCAGUCGUCAGGAAGACCUCUGCACGGGUCGCGGUGAAAAAGAUUCGGUGCCAUGCUCCAGAGAACGUGGAACUAGCUCUGCGUGAGUUCUGGGCACUUAGCAGUAUCAAGAGCCAGCAUCCCAACGUCAUUCACCUGGAGGAGUGCAUCUUGCAGAAAGAUGGUAUGGUGCAGAAGAUGUCCCAUGGCUCCAGUUCCUCCCUUUAUUUACAGCUUGUAGAGACCUCAUUAAAGGGAGAAAUAGUCUUUGACCCCAGAAGUGCUUAUUACCUCUGGUUUGUAAUGGAUUUCUGUGAUGGAGGAGACAUGAAUGAGUAUCUGUUGUCCCGAAAGCCGAACCGCAAGACCAACACCAGUUUCAUGCUUCAGCUCAGCAGUGCGCUGGCAUUCCUGCACAAAAAUCAGAUUAUUCAUCGUGAUCUCAAACCUGACAAUAUUCUGAUAUCUCAGAGCAGGAUGGAUGCUAGUGACUUGGAACCUACCCUGAAAGUAGCUGAUUUUGGGCUGAGUAAAGUAUGUUCAGCCUCAGGACAGAAUCCCGAGGAACCAGUCAACGUAAAUAAGUGUUUUCUAUCAACUGCGUGUGGGACUGACUUCUAUAUGGCCCCCGAAGUCUGGGAAGGACACUACACUGCCAAAGCAGACAUCUUUGCGUUGGGAAUUAUAAUCUGGGCAAUGUUGGAAAGAAUCACAUUCAUAGAUACGGAAACAAAGAAAGAACUUCUGGGGAGUUACGUCAAGCAGGGGACAGCAAUCGUCCCUGUUGGAGAGGCGCUUCUAGAAAACCCUAAAAUGGAACUGCUCAUCCCCGUAAAGAAAAAAUCCAUGAAUGCUCGAAUGAAACAGCUGAUCAAGGAAAUGCUGGCUGCCAACCCGCAGGACCGACCCGAUGCUUUUGAGCUAGAACUGCGAUUAGUUAACAUAGCUUUUAAAGACAGCAGCUGGGACACGUGACCUGCCUGACAUCUCUUGAUAAGAGCUGCUUCUCACCUAACUGAUGGUGCAACUUAAUGGCAGUAAAAGAAACGAGCCUGAACUCAACCUGCAGGGUGUAGUUUCUACCAAACGAAUCUCUUUUUGAGUUUCAUAAAUGAUACGAAUGUGAGUUGGCCGUUGUGUUAACAAUGCGUUGAUGUGUAUAAUACCAGGAUGUUACAUGCAAGUGUAAGAUGUGACAAUGUUCGUUUGUGUAUGCUGGCAGUGGGAUGUCUUAAGAGCUGAGACUUGGUUUCCAGCACUAUGUCAUGGAGUAUUUCAUACAUUCCAGUUUCCUAUGUCAGUAUUAGGAACUCUUAUGGAAAAAAGAGAUUUGCAUGCUGGUAGUGCAAAUCUUCAGGCUUUGUAAAGUAAUUCUGUGUAUAUAUUUAUGUAUACGAGUGACUGGGAGUGUAUGCCACUUUUCUUAAAUUAUUUGCUAUGGGUCUGAAUGAUUGCGGUCUGCUAGAAAACUAGGUGAAGAAGAUAGAUGAGAAGCAUUCCUUCUUCUCCAGGCCUGAAUAACUUUAUUAUUUAUUUUUGUUAUCUAAUGUCAAAGGUAGGGUCUGAGACUUGACUUUGUAGACAAAAAAUGCAAUGCAAGGGGAUCAGCAGUUUUUUAAAGUGCUGACAUGGCCAAGCUUAGCACUUACAGCUUAAUGAGCUUGUCACUGAGGGAGUCAAAUUAAAAAUGGAUGCAAUCAGGUGCUAGCAUGUUGGCUAGUUCAUUAAUCAUUUGAUUUUGCUUUCUUCUAAUAAUCAAAUACUUUUAACCAGUUAAUCUACAGUUUCACAACAUGCUCUCUACUCUUCUAUCUAUAAUCCAAUAGCACCUUCAGGAUUUAUAAUAGCAGAGUACUGUGGGCUUAGUUUAUGGAAAUGUGGGUAAGGGAAUCCAGCAGCAUAGAGUGUUAUUUUUAAGAUUCUUCAAAAUAUGGUGGCAGCAUAGUUUUCCUGUUAACUGAAUCUGACUAGUAAUACUGGUCAUGGCCUCUUCCUUUCUGGCACUGCUUCUAAUCUGGUAGUGAUGAGGAGAUAAAGGGGUGACUGUUUGUCUUGUAGAACACACCUAUUCUCAAAUAUGGGAGAAAACUCAGUAACCAGUAUGUGAAAGGUAUCUGAUUUGUGUUGCAACCUUGGCUGAUUUUUUUUUUAUUUGUUUUCCUCCAUUUAAAGAAGUAAUAUUUAUUUAAAAGCACAGAUGAUAGGAUGGAAAGCUUUGAAGUAGUUGAAAGGCUGCUUAUCCCCAGCUCUUACUCCCCAGAAGCAGACUGAUAUGCUAAGAGAGGUUUCACUGCAGCCACCUGACACUGUACGGCAGACAGAAGCUGCUUUGUAAUAGUAUAGCACUUAGGUCAUGGUCCUGCACCCACAAGAACAUUCUCAUCAAUCUGACCUUUUGGAAGAAGUAGAGUCUUAAAAAAUUGCCUUUAAAGCUGCAACAAAGGCCAGCUUUCUUAAAAUCAAUUUAAUGGUUUGUUUUGGUUUUUUCCCCAAAAACUUACCCGAAAACUGCCGUAAGUAUUUCCUUGUAUAAUUUUUUUCUCAGAUACUGUUCCCUCUCAGUGCUGAGAGCAGUUCUGAUCAGUCAGGGUUUAUUCUGCCUGAGUAUGAAUAAACAGCACAAACAAAAUAUAAUUUUUUUUUAUUCUUCCAAAAGCAAAGGAUUCUGAUUCUACCAGACUUCUGGGGCUUUACAGACUACAGGUGGUUCUUACCUGGUGCUGUGUAGAGCAGGUGCCAGAUACCCAUGGGGCCUUAGUCCUUAAUUCUUGUUAUUUUGCUUCACUUUAUUGUUUAAGGCAAGUUGUCUAAACAGUGAUUCUUGGACAAAUACACCUUGCUGUCUCUAAACAAUGUAGAUUGCUUAGAAGAUGCUAGAGAAGUAACUUUUAGAGACAGUGUUCCUGACUACAGCAGAGUGCCUCACUUCAGCAUCAGUUGGCAGGGACAGAGGCGGCUGCAUCGUACCGAGGAUACAGCCUGUUGCCUAUGUGGCUGUCCCAGUGUUGCUCCUUCCCUGCAGGGAGCUUGGUCUAUAAAAGAUGACUUGGAGCCUAUCUGUGAGCAACGAUAAGGAGAGAUCUGUUUAUUCUUGUGUUCUAGAAGGGGAGAUCUGUUUGUUCUCAUGUUUUAACUGACUUCAGUACCACUGAAGCCUCAGCUUGUUACUGAAAGGAGGAAAACAAACCUGUCGCUGUCUGUGCCAAUACUGUUUCACAGUACUUAUAUUUCAGUGUGGUCAUUCGAUGAGUAAAGUUUUAAGAGGGUAUAUCACUUUUCCUUGUUAAACUUGAUCUUUUUAAAAAUACCUUGUUAACUUCCUUCUCUCUUGCCCACCAAAGUCAGAAUCAACUGUAUUAUCUUGAAGUAUGAAUCCUACUACAGAAUAAUACUACUUACCUCUAAGGCACUUUGCAAAUCAUCUGAUUCUCCUCUGAGGUAUUUCAAAGGAUGCACACCAAAUGUGCUGCCUGCCUGCAGUGCAGAAACAAGUGAAUGGCACAGUAAGGUUUUGGGUUUUUUGACUCCCAAAGUGUUUCUUUGCACUGAUUGCCACUUUAAAGGGUGGGGGUACCUGAAAUCCCUCUCAUGGUGCUUAGCCUUGCUGUUGGGUGACACUGAGUGUUUCCUUGGUUAACACUGAAUGGUAGUCCUUGAGGUCUGUGUUCUGUUUGAUUUCUGUUGUCUGAGGUCUUUGUUUUAAAACCUUUGAUAAAUCAAAUUGUUGUAGCAGCUAUGGAGUUACUCACCAGCGUGACACAAAGUCAAGAUACUUUUCAGCACUCAGAAAAGAUUUUUUUUCAAAUCUUUCUUUAAAAACUGUAAAAUAUAUUUUAUGGAGAAUUUAUAAUGAGGAAAUUUAUUGUGUAAUUUAUUAAGUUCAUGACUGUUUUUGAAAUAAAAUCUGAAUUUCAAUGAAGUUUCUGACCUUUCUACAGAGAAAUGCUUUCUUCUCAGUGCAGUGUCAUCUAGCUGUGAGCAAAGCUGCAGAAGGGUUUAUUUGCUGUGCUAGGACAGAAGUAAGCUGUAGUACUUCACAGUCACACCGUAAGUGAUCCUAAGCUUGUAAAAGGUGCUAGGUUGGCUAAUAGCUGUGCUGCUCAUCGUCUGUGGGUAGCGGCAGUGCCAGACUUCCACUGCUGGAGGAUUUGACAGAGGGAGGCCAAACUGGAUGUGAAAACAGAGCUGGCUCCUGGACCACUUGAAGUGAGCCAUGUCUGUGUGGGCCCUGCGGCUUCUGCCAAGCCCUUGAAGAAUCAAAACAGUGCUCUUCUGGGUGUACCUCACUUUCAAAGAGGGGAUUAAAGACUAAAAGCAGCAUUCUUGCAUCCAGUAUGUGCUUGAAGUUGUUAUUACAAGCAGACUGAGUACCACCCUGGGCUGUAAGGGAAUCUCUGGCAGGCUCUGCCUACCCUGCUACUGGUACCGCUGGAUUUUUGAGGCUGCAAAUAGAUGUUGCUGCUCUCCUGGGCACUGAUGCUUCUCUCGUCGAAGCAAGCCUUUCCCCUCUAGUUCCUGCCUUUGCCGGGGUAGGAUUUCACCCAGAAAGCUGCCAGCCCUUGUUCUGUGGGUGAACCUCGUUAUCCCCCCUGUGCAGAGGGCUGAAGGCAGCCCAGCUAAUGUGUGCUCUGCUGGGUUUCCCUCCUGUGUAGGAGGGCCGAGCGCUGCUGGCUUCAGCUGGAGCUGGUGGAGGGAGCAGGCGUGUGCAGGCUGCUGGGGCUGAACUGGGUGUAGAUGGUCUGGAGGUUUGUGAGGGAUAGUGGCCUGCUGGUCUCACAUGCCCCAAGAAACCUUAGAAAUAAAGGUGAGGAAACACUAUUACUUCUACGUGCUACAGGAGCCUAGGAGUCAUUUGCAUGUUUUAAUUAACAGUGCUCUGGAACAAAGGGUUGUGCAGACUGGGAGUGGGAAUAGUGCAAACUGGAAAUGCUGUAAAUUGUUUUGUCUUGCCAUUUCUUACCCCCGCAACACACCCAAGCCCAGUCAUCUGCUGCGUGCCAUGCGCUUGCAUUGUUGCCUGCGUAUCCUGGUGCCAGAAAUCAGCAGAUUCCCCACCUGGCAGGAGCUGCGUGGUUAAACCCGAGAAAUGCAUCUGGAAAGGACUGAAUGGGACACAGCCAGCUUCAGCCCUCCUGCUGCCUGUGGGCAUGGCAGCCUCUGGCUUCCCUGCCUGCUCGCCCGGAUCCAUCAGAGCUGUGGUGGGAGCCCUGCGCUGGCCAUGCUGCUCUGCUGCUGCUCCUCAAGCCUGAUGUGUGGGUUAUAGGGUGGGGAUGUAAUUAGCAGGGCUGAGAAGGCUGUGUCCACCCUACCACGAGCUGGGAGGGAGAAUGGGCUUGCAAGGAGCUGGGCUGUUUAAUUGGGAGCUAGACAUGCUCUGAAAAAUGGUGUUGGAAGGAGGAUCUGUGCUCUGGGACUCGUGACCUUUGAGGACUUUCUCAGGCUUUUCUCACCUGCUGCAAGGGCUGGAAGUUUCCAUACCUGGCCCCAGCUGCGGCAGGGUUUUUCCCGGGAUUGCUUUGCUUGCCUGGCACCGUGCUCGCUUCCCAGUGAGCUGGGAGGAGAGGGAAGCAGAGCCCCAUUGACGAGCAGAGAGCACCUUGUGAGAGCUCUGAGUAACCUUAAAUAAAAACAAGGGACUUUGAGCAUCCACAUGACUAAGAAAAGCCACCUGGUGCAUUCACAGGAGGCUGAUUACUUGGGUAAUCCCUUCCUAGAAGUUGAAGUGACAAAACCCCCAUCACCUCCGCAGGGGAAGCAGGAGCUGCCUGAGAUGCUGAUGCCGGGAAAGGCCCCUCAAAUCAUCCCUUUUUGUAUCCCAAAGGGAAUCUGCCUCGUCCAAAUAUAACAGUUCAACAGUAAGUGCUUGGCGAGUGCUCUGAGGAGGAGCCGGAGAGGAGGGCGGUCGCUCUGGGGCAGGGGCAGGCGUUUGGGUAGGAGCAUCCCAUGGGAGCACCCUGGGUCUGCCAGAGAAAGGUGAAUCCAAGGCUGCUCUUACUCACUUGUGGCUUUACCAGAACGGCUGCCGGGAUUCCAGCUUGGAAAAUAAAACCUGUCUUAAUAAACAGUGACUCACGUUGCCUAGAGUUAAAAAUAAGGUCCUGUUGGCUGCCCCUCUCCUGCGUGGGAACCCAGGCACUGUCUUCCUGGGGGCAGAUCCCAGGGCUGCCGUGGGUUUCUCCAUCACUUGCCCCCAUCCUUUUCCCCAACUUCCUCUGGAGAUGGUCGGAUUUGCUCUGGUGCGGCCGCAUCCUGCACACAGAGCCGGAGUGCUGCUGGAAACACAACUGCCUGCAUUGCUCCUCUCCAGGUUUAUUAGAAUAGAAUAGGUGGUUUGUCCCUUCCUUGCUUUUACUGGAAAUUUUUCCGGUCCUGGCAGAGCUCAGACAAGCCCUGGCUGCUUUCAUCCUGUUCAGCCUCCAUUUUAGCCUCCGUUUUUGUCAGCCCCGGAGUCCUGGCCCCGGCCCCUUUCUGGCAUCAGUGCCGUUGUGCAGGGAGGUACUGGAUGCUGACCCAGCCCCAGUUCCCGGCACUGGCUCCCCAGCAGCGGCACCGCAGGAAGGAACUGGGGUGGGGGCCAGCAGCGCUCGGGGUCGGGUGCCCUCUCCUCCAGGGACGGAGUGCCCUGGCCUACGAGUCCCGGGAUGAAUGCCAUGACUUUGUCCCCACUGGAACCUCCCGAUGCUCUGAGUCCCUGCAAGAAGCCUGGGCUGGGCUGUACCCCAGCUCUCCAUCCAUACUGGUUGCAAGAGGGAUGGAAGGAGCUGGGGGGGUCCCUAGGGAGCACUGGGGGCUUUCUCCGUCCCCACUCCGAGGUGCUGGGAGCCCAGCUCGGGGUGCAGCAUGUCCUUCCCCCCCUCUCCAGCUGCUGCGGUGCCACGUUCGCAGCCCCCCAGGUAGGCGCUGGGGAUGGAGGGGGACCGGGGGCUGCCCCCAUGGGAGUGCACGGCCUUCGGGAAGGGGAGAGGGCAGCGGUAAAAAUAACCCCUGGGCCAGCUCCAGCCUGUUGUGGCUUCCUGCAAUUUACAGCCCUUCCCGGGGGGAAGAGGAGACAGGAACGGGCCUGGCUCGGGGCUGGCUUUGACCCUUUCGCCACCAACGGAGAAAGUGCCAGAAGGACCCUUCCUCCCUUCUUCUCCCUCGCCGGCCAGGGCAGGAUCCUGGGGAAGGGGAUCGUGGCGGGCUCCUGCUCCUGAGCUGCACCCAGCAUCUUGGGGUGGAUGAAGAAAGAGAAGCUGCUGGAACGGGCAUGGUUUCCCUGUCCCGUUCCUGAUGCCCUGUGUGCUGGAGGGACACAGAGACACAGUCCUGCCUGGGAGGAGGCAGAGAUCUCUGCUGCGGAUCCCAAAAUCCCAGCCAGGCUCCCGUAAGGAGAUGGAGGGAGGAGGAGAGCUGGCAGAGGUGAGCUGGAGCUGCAGGAGAAGGAGGGUUAAU